UAUCUUCAAGCCCAUUCUUCUUCACAAAGAGCUGCCAUGACCGUUCCAGCCUGUCCUGCCUGAUCACUAAUGUUUCAGUUCCUGGGAGCAAGAGGCCCUUCUGUGACACUGAACAACCUGCCCCGCCCUGUCACAGUGACGGUUGUUUGCACUCACGGAGGGUGAUCAGGUGCCUCCCCAGGAGGACAGGCCAGAGUACAACAGUUCAGUGAAACACUGUGGGCUGCACAAGCAGAAGCAGAGUCACUGGUUGAUGACUGGGUCUCCCAGGCUCACUCCUUGGAAGAGGUUACCCUCAAACUUUUUCUCAGGUCUGAAAGUUUAAUUGAAUCUGUCACUUCAAAGCUCCUCUCAGGCCAACCACCCUUCAUUUAGUGCCCAGAGAAAUCAUCAGCCACAGGUGUGUACUGCUCCUGCUCCCUGGGGGGGGCUGCACCUGAGGCAGGUUAGGGUCUGCGGCCUGUGCUAUAUAGCCAGCCCCAUGGCACCUGCUGGUUGCUCUGUUGGAGGCUGAGAUGAGCUCAGAACCUAGGAAGAAGCGUGAUCGUGUUUCCAUCUCUGGGGACAGAAUAUCUAAGAGGACACCUAAGAGAAAGGAAACCUUUUCAGUCUAUAUUUACAAAGUACUGAAGCAGGUGCACCCAGACCUCACCAUCUCCUCCAAGGCCAUGAGCAUCAUGAACUCCUUUAUCAACGACAUGUUCGAGCGCUUGGCCUCGGAGGCCUCGCACCUGGCCCAGUACAGCCACCGCUCCACCAUCACCAGCCGCGAGGUGCAGACGGCGGCCCGGCUCCUGCUGCCCGGCGAGCUGGCCAAGCACGCCGUCUCCGAGGGCACCAAGGCCGUCACCAAAUACACCAGCAGCAAGUGA